AUGGCUAAAGAACUUGAGCAGUCACCCAAGAAUUGGACUGAAUCUCAAGUAAGCUCCUGGCUAAGAUCUAUUGGAGUGAAGGAGCUGUACAUAGAAAAACUCUAUGAGGAAGAAGUAGAUGGACACAUCCUUCUUACACUGAAUGAAGACUUUUUGAAGGCAAAGAUUUGCAUGAAAUCAGGGCCUGCUCAUUUGAUUAUUCAAAAGAGAGAUGAGCUCAUCAAUUUCGAGCAAAAGUCUCAAGAGAAGAAAAAGCCCACCAGUGGCAAAACAACUGAAUUGGAGCAGAAAAACAUUAAUCAGAAAUCAGUUCAGUGUCCUACAAGUGAAGGUCCUCCGGCACAGACGUCUGAGAGAGAUCAAGAUGAAGAGGAGAAAGAAACUGCUCAAGAACCAUGUGCGUUGACUUCAAAGGAGGACUGUAGACCACGACCAUUUGAUCAAGAAGGGAUUGAUUUUAUAUAUGUAAAGCACAGAGUCCUGCAACCUGAAUCAGGUGCCUUUAACCUGACAACUCCAUGCCAUGAAUUUAAGUCUUUUUCAGUAGCUGCUGCAUUGGAUCGCACAAGACUCCAAGCUAAGUUUGCCAAAGAGGUCCUUAAAUUUGCGACUGGCUGUAUGAAUAUCAGAUCAAAUGGCACAAUACACUUUGGUGUGAUGGACAGCAAGGAGGAUGCAGGAUACGUACAUGGUGAGAUCAUUGGUAUUCCUGUACAAGUGAAAGACAUUUAUGUAGAUGCUUUAGACUACAUUGAAAGGAGUAUCUCCUCUAACAAGGAGCAUGUACGCCAAGUUGUGUCGCCACCAAGGUUCAUUGAGUUUAUGGAUCGAGAAAGUACGGAAAAGAGGUACAUAAUUGAGGUUGACAUUGGUGCCUUCAAUAAGUAUUUCGUAAACAACAAAGUGUAUGCAGUUCGUCUGCCAAACUUCAAAGAGUCAACUAACAAAGUAGAAUUUGAGAAAGAAACGAUUCUGCGGAGGGUGGGUUCAAAAACGGAGCCGGUGAGCGACAAAGACCUAAGUGACUUUUACCAGCGAGUCAAAGAUCGGGAUGCCCAAAGAGAAGAAGCAGAGAAAACUCAGUACCUCAGUGCCCCAGACUUCUGCCAAGACCUCGGAAGGAAACUCACAAUGCUAAUGACAAGUGGGAAGAAAUUCAUUGAAAAGGAGAAAUGGUUCAUACUCGUCACAAACAAAUUCAGUCCUGAUGACCUUUGCAACAUUGACUGGAUGCUUAACAUGAAUGUGUUCUGUGUUUUUGACUUUGACCCAGACUCAAAGAUAUCAGGUCUUUGCAGCAGGUACCUUGAGCAUCAUGCAGCAAAUAUGCAUUCUCUGCAGAGCUAUAGGAUAUCUGGUGACAUGACCAUCAAAGAAUUCACAAGCCAGCUGCAUCUGUUUGAGCAAACUAGCUGGAUCUUCUGUAAUGGCCGUAAUGACUUCAAAGGAAAUGAACCUUCAUGUGAUGAAAUGACUUGGAUCAAGACAAAAAUGACCCUCUUAAGGGAAUCUGUGUCUUUGAUCUGUAAACAAAUUAUGCCAAAGGGGACUUUCCAGGUGAUUUUUCUUGUCACAUCACCAAUUGAAAAACCCCUAUUGCACACCUUUAAUGAGUUUUUUACAGAUAUGGAAGGCCAUGAAGACAUCAUCUGCAUCUGUGAAUCACAGAAAAACUUCCCCAGAAUGCAAAGCUUUGCAGAGGGUUCAUGUGGAAGUAAAACAGUUCAGAAUUCCAGUGUUGUUGGGAUGAAAAUGAGUCACAUUAAUGCAACUCUGCAGCAAAUACAACCUGUAAAUGCAUGUGCCAGCAAACAUUUGCCAGUCUUUGUGAAAGGGACAUGUUUUCUUGGAACACAAGUAGAGGAACAGAUGUAUUCUCUGGAGAUUCUGACUGUCGACCACUGUGAUGAAACAAGCGAAGACUUCAUCAAUGAGGAGAAAGCAAACAUUGAACAGCAGUUCUACCGUGGUGGGAGAGUGAACUGGUUGAAUUUCUGGCUUGCUGAGCACAAGUAUGUUGGAGAAGUAAUUGAAAGAGAUGCCUAUCAUGAUGUUUCCAAACUUCUCAAUGAGACUUUAAAAUGGAACGCAGAUCAAACUCCAGUGAACAGCAUAAACAUCUACCAUCACCCAGGAAGUGGUGGAAGCACUGUGGCAAGACAAGUGCUGUGGAACAACAGGAAAGAUUUAAGGUGUGCAGUUGUGAAGCCUUCAUACUCAGCUCCUCUUGUUGCGCAACAUGCAGUUGAACUAAGAGAAUAUGAAGAAAAAGAUCCACAGAGGUGUCUUCCUGUGCUACUCCUCAUUGAAGACUCAGACAAAGAAUAUCUAGAUGAUCUCAGGAAUGAACUAGAGGUUGGCAUUAACACCAAAAGAAUCCAGAAUGGAACUCUCUGUUUCAUUUUGUUGACCUGCAGACGAUCCCAUGAUCCAGAGACUAAAAGCAAGGAGUCUCUAUUACAGAAUGUGUCUGUCACUCACGAAUUGUCUCCUCAAGAGAAGAAAAUGUUUAUCGGAAGACGAGAAGUACUUGAGGGACAGUACGAGCCUAACUUCAUCCUGACAUUUGUUUUGAUGAGUGAAGGAUUCAAUAAGGAUUAUGUUCAAAACUUUGUCAAAAAUUUGCUCCAAGGCAUUGACCAUAAAUCUGUUGUUACUCGCCUCAUUCUCUAUGUAGCGCUGCUGAACACUUAUGUUCAAAAGUCUUUCAUCUCUCAGUCCCAUUGUGAAGCUUUUCUUGCUUUAACCUUUCACUUGGAAAGGUUUCGCCAGCAUGCAUUUGAGAAAUCACUCAGUGAUCAGGCUAAAUUAGUCUUCUUGCACCUUAGAGAUGAUAAGACGCACAUCGAAUCAAUCAGAAUCAUCCACCCGCUCGUUGCAAAGGUAAUUCUCCAACAACUUUUGGGGAACCAACAGACCCAAAGCAGUUUGGCAAUGGAUUUGCUCUGUGACAAUGUGCUUUUUGAGCACAGAUUUGGAAGGGAUGAAUAUCUGUCAUUUUUGAGAGCACUUUUCAUAAGGCGAUCCAGAAUAAGCAAAGGGGACAAAUAUGAUACUCUUUUCUCUCCUCUGAUUGAGCAUGUGUGUGGAAAAAAGAAAAGCCCAGACAAAGUAACUGAAAACGAGCAAAGCCCAGACAAAGCAAUUAAUUUACUCAAGGAAGCAUUCCAGCGUUUCCAUAAAGAUCCAUUCUUUGCACAACAACUUGCUCGUCUUCAUUAUACUUAUGAAAAAUUCGAAGAGGCAAAAUACUGGGCAGAGACUGCAGCUAAACAACUGCCCAACAACUCAUACAUACUCGACACAAAAGGGCAGGUGUACAGAAAAUGGUUCCAAGCUAAAUGCAAAGCCAUUGACACUGACGGUGUGCCAAAGACAGCCCAAAAUACAGCAGAUGCUGUGGGGACAGCACUAAAAGCCCUUGAGUGUUUUCAAGAAUGUGAGAAAGCAGCUGACGCAGAUAUGGAACACCUUAACAGUUCAGGUUUUUUUUCUGAAGUUGAAGUUGGAUGCAGCCUGCUCAAACUGAUCUCUUCAUUGGACGUGUUUGCAAACCGAGCCAAUGGUCAUUCGGAGUGUAUGAAGUACCUGUUAACAGAUUACAUUCCUGAAGUAGUAGAAGAUGCUUGGGAACCAUUUCAUGGCCGUUUAAAAAAACUUCACAAGACAAUGCAAGAUGCCUUGGAAUGGAUUUCAGAAGACCUCAGUUACUUCCAGACAGAUAUUGGUGAUGAAGAAGAGACCCCUGAAAGUCCUGAAGAGAAGAUACGCCAUCCACUGACGUGGUUGGCAAAAAGAUCUUCAGACUAUGGGAAAUACUUCAGUGAAGCUUAUUCUGCUACACUUCUAAAACAUGGGCAACCAAUCCCAGCCAAUCUGACUCCUUUCCAAAAACGCAUGAUCAUUUAUCAUCUUGGUGGGGGGAACAUUACAUCCAUCCUCUCCAAGCUAACUGACCAGAGGGAUGCAAUAUGCCUUCUACAGAGCAUCCUUUCUCUCUACCCCAGCAAUCCAGUAAAGGCCAAAUUUGGCCAAAGGGACAUUGUCAAUUACAUAGUGGCCCACAUUUCUCUGAACUGCCUGUCACCAGAAACUCAAAAGGUAGCCCCUCUGAAAGAUCUACAGGCACUUUGUCAUCAGUUCCCAACUGAUAAAAGGAAAUGUUUACCAAGUGCCCUGUUCUUGAUUACCUUGCUGUUCUGGCCAGAGGAUCAUGACACAGACCUUGAGAAAGAAACCAAAUAUGAGAUUGUGCAAUCGGCAGUUGAACACCUGGAAAAAGGCUACUUGAUCAAGAAGAAGGACAUUCCUCAGCGGAAGAGAAGGCUUUACACACAUUUUUUCCUGGGCAGUGGGAAUGGAUUGGAUAAAUUUGUCCACAAGAAAAAGUUCGAAAGAGUCACAAAGGUGUUCUCAGUCUCUGAGAAACGCAUGACAUGGUUAAGGGGUGAGGCAUUGAAAAAGCCUGAGAUUGCUGAGAUGCUGAAACGUGUGUCUGGAUGGACUGAAGAUGGAGUGGUGUACCUUGAGGGCCCUCGGAAAAAGAAGUUCAGUAUCCUGCCUCUUCAUUUACCUUCAGUGCCUCAUAGUAAUGAAAACAUUACAUUCUACCUGGGGUUUACGUUCAGAGGCCCUGUUGCUUGCAACAUCAUGGUGAAAGUGUAGUUGUUUUUUUUUAACAAUGAUCCUGUCUCAUGUGGCUAUAUGUCAG